AUGACAUUUAUCAUCCGCGGGUGCCAUUGUCCGAAAAAAAAUGAAAAAACAAGAACGAUCACAGUUUUUUUGAUCAUGCUCGAGAGAGAAAAAAACUGUGAGUCACUGUGCAUUUCUGUCACAUUUCUUAAUAAUGUGACGAUACAAAUAUAUACACGUAUAUAUAUAAAUCAUAUCUCUAAUCUUGGCGAUUGGCAUUUGGUCUACCGAAACUCAUCACACCAAACUAACCUCAAGUAUCCAAAAAAAGGAAAAAUGGCUCAAACAGACAAGAAACAAUCAGGAUUGGCUCGUCUUUUGGGGUCUGCCUCUGCGGGCAUCAUGGAAAUUGCUGUUUUCCACCCUGUGGACACCAUCUCCAAGAGGCUGAUGUCCAACCACACGAAGAUCUCUUCUAAUCAAGAACUGAACCGUGUUAUUUUCCGUGAUCACUUCAGCGAACCCUUGGGGAAGCGUCUGUUUACUCUGUUUCCGGGUCUUGGCUAUGCUGCAUCUUACAAAGUGUUGCAAAGAGUGUACAAGUAUGGUGGUCAACCUUUUGCUAACGAGUUUUUGAACAAACACUACAAGCAAGAUUUCGAUAGCAUGUUUGGCGAAAAAACCGGUAAGGCAAUGAGAUCCGCAGCUGCUGGUUCUUUGAUUGGUAUUGGUGAAAUUGUUCUUUUGCCGCUGGAUGUGCUAAAGAUCAAGAGACAAACAAAUCCCGAGUCCUUCAAAGGUAGAGGUUUUAUCAAGAUCUUGAAAGAUGAAGGUCUGUUCAACUUGUAUAGAGGUUGGGGCUGGACCGCUGCUAGAAAUGCCCCCGGUUCGUUUGCCCUUUUCGGUGGUAAUGCAUUUGCCAAGGAAUACAUCUUGGGUUUGGAAGACUACUCUCAAGCCACCUGGUCCCAAAACUUCGUUUCCUCCAUCGUCGGUGCCUGCGCUUCUUUAAUCGUUUCUGCCCCACUGGAUGUCAUCAAGACAAGAAUUCAAAAUAGAAAUUUCGACAACCCUGAAAGUGGGCUGAAGAUUGUCAAGAACACCUUGAAGAACGAAGGUAUUACUGCGUUUUUCAAAGGUUUGACGCCUAAACUACUGACAACAGGUCCAAAAUUGGUCUUCUCAUUCGCAUUGGCUCAAUCUUUGAUCCCCAAAUUUGAUAACUUAUUGAGCAAAUAG